AUGCUCCUCAUUAGCCAAAACAAAGAGGAUGACUUUGAUGUAAGGACCACCACCACAACCACCACAUCCAGUCGAUGCUAUUCUUCAUCGCCUCACUCUUCGGAUCAUUCGAGUUUCGGUAAAGUGCCUUCAAGUCAUCAUCAUGGCAGUAGUAAGAGUAUGAUGAGCGAUGCGAGUCCAACGAGUCCUUCUCCUCACAAUUCCAACAACAACUCAACUCACAACAAUAAGAUUUCAGUCCUGAAUAGUAAACGAGGUCUAACGAAUUAUUUAAAUUACAACCAACACGUCGUGGAGAUUCAUUUGAAAGGUUGUUCUUCCGCCGAUUUACAAAGUAAUUUUGAAAUACGAAAAGUGUUGCUCGUAGGAGCUUGCCGAAAGAUGAAAGACUUGACAAUGAAUUUUAAGAAACCCUUCUCGAGCGAAGCCUCCGAAUGCUUGCAUCAACAUGUCGAGUUUGCUACGAGUGAGGCUAAAAAAUUGGCUCUCCAUGCUCAAUCCUUGUAUAUUGGAGGAAUGAAUGCCUCUCGCAUGGAUACCAGCUCACUCAAUUCGGUUGUGGAGUGUGUGAGGCAGGCAGAGACGCUGCAAGAGAUUGUUUCAGAAUUGUAUGUCUCUGUUUGUGAAUGUAUGUUUGGAUCGACGAGCACGAAACGAUCUUCUUCGUUUGGAAAUCUCUCACCACGGAGUAGUCACGAACGAUUUUGUUUUGACGUGGAGAGGGCCUCGCAAGCGCUUGGUCCCAUGGAUGAAGCGUUAAAUCUCGAGAAGGGAAUUACAAUUUUACUUUUGAGAAAGAUUAUUUCAUAUCGAACGGAGCAUUCCAUGAAUAUUGUGUCACCCCCUACGACCAAAUGUGAAAUACAGUCUGACCGAGAGUUUUUAUUGAGCUUAGGAUUAUUACCCAAAGAGUUUGAGCCAGUACUUUUCAAAUUCGUUUCAGAUCAACGAGGGUCAUCUGUUGCGAACAUGGAACAAAUGUUCUCAAAUUUAUAA